AUGGGGGAUGUGGAUAUCCGUCAGCUCUUCGACAGCGACCCUCGACCAACUUUUGUUGUUGACUGCGACUCCCCUUUAUCCGCCAUCUACCAUGUCAAUAUCGCCUUGCUUGCUAUCCCACAAAUCGCCCUGUCGCUUGGUUCGCACAACGCGCUGAGAGACUGGUGGGAUCCUGUGAGCCUCAGUUCCGCUCGCCACCAAAACGAGUUCCGCCAUGGUAGGUACCGGUGGGCCAAGUUCGUCGUCUGCCGUCGCUGGCUCGUCGUUACCAUUGUUCAGCAGCCGCCUCCUUCGCUUGAGCAACCAAGCUGCUUUUCAGAGCCUGCCAGGCUAUCUCGCAUCGUCUCCCCUCUCUGGGGAUCCCAGCCGGAUACCAUCUUCACUGUCAAAAUCCAGUCGCCAGAGUUACGCCAACACAUUGAACGCAUCCGCAAAGUUGACUGGUCAAAGACAUCUCUAGGCCCUAUUAGCAACUGGGGAUAUGAACUCAACCUACUCGUGACGACUUUGAUGCUGGAAACCCGCCCAACCGCCCUCUUCCUCGGACCUGAGCGGACCGUCUUGUACAACCUCGCUUAUGGCGCCGUCAGUGGGUCGAGACACCCUGCCAUACUGGGCCAGAGUAUCCUAGAUGCAUGGCCUGAGCUUGCAGAUCCCAUCUCGACAACCAUGGACCGCUCAGAAUCAACACGCUUUGCCGAUGUUCCUGAAGAGGAAUUUCACUUCAUGGUCGAAAGAAAUGGUUUUGUUGAAGAGGUCUUCUUCAUGUGGAGCCUCGUCCCUCUUGUCGGUGUCGGCGACAUUACCGGCAUGUAUUCUAUCGUGACAGAGGUCACAAAACAGAGGUUGCUCGAGCGUCGCGUCAAUGCUUUGUUAAGGGUGGGCCAGUUGGCCAGCAAAGCAAGAACAACGAAAGAGUUUUGGGCUCAGGUAGGCCAAGCUAUUCAGCCAUCUGAGUAUGACUUUCCGACCGCCAUUUUGUACUCAAAUUCUGAGUUGAAUGAGGUACCAGACGCUGCAGGUGUUAAGACUGGACUACCACGUAGAUGCACUCUGCAAUGGACCAUCGGAUAUAAACCCGACCACUCUGACAUACCUCAGCAUCUAGACCUAGACCAGGAUACUGGCUUGGCUCGCGCUUUUUCCGCCAGUAUAAGAGACGGACCUGAAGUACUAUAUGAGGAACAGGAUGGUAUACUACCAACGUCAUUGUACACCGAUCUCGAAAAGCGCGGUUUUGGAGACCCACUAAAAGUAUUCCUUGUUCUGCCAAUACGGACUUACGACGACAACAUUGUAGCAUUCCUUCUUAUCGGGCUUAAUACUCGUCGGCCAUAUGAUGAUGAGUACAAGGAUUGGAUCAGUGUCUUUUCCAACUUGCUGGGAGCUUCUGCUGCACUAGUGGCACUUCACGAAGAGGAGGUACGAAGACGCAAACUGCAAGAAGAACAAUCCGCCCGAGAUCGCGAAGCCCUUAAUGCUGAAGUUGCAACUCUUGCACAAGAAGCUAGUAAUGCUGUGGAAAAACUUCGCAACUUCCAUGAGAUUGCAGACCAACUCGGACUAGGAUACUUUGAGAUUGGUGUUGAUGGGAUGCUGGUACAUGCUAAUGUAAGGUUCCGAAUUGCAGCCCGUCAACAUCGGCUGAUGCGACAACAGGAAACAUACUUUGUUCAAACUGGGCACCAGAGAGACUUUUCGAGUUGCCCACCUUUUACCUUCAAGCAAUGUAUUCACGAAGAUGAUAUAGCCACAAUCGAGGAUCGAUGGGAGAGUCUGAUAGCGGGAGAACCGGCUACAUUUGAGGUUCGUUGGAAGAGACACUUGAAUCAAGAAAAAGGAGACAAGAAGACUAGUGACGACUAUCUUUGGACACUCUCGGCUUGUGUGCCUAUCAAAAACGCGGACGGGAUUGUUACUGGUGUCUUUGGCUGCAACACCGACAUUUCUGCCCAGAAAGAGGCGACCGAAGCUGCCAUCAUGCGCUCAGAGGCAGAGCGGCGCUUAGCCAGUUUCACCGAGCUGGCACCAGUCGGUCUAUAUCACCUGAACGAGGAUCUGUCAAUGAGGUACUGCAACGACCAGUGGUUUCGUAUCACCGGCCAUGACAAAGUACCCAUGGAUCAAGUAGACUGGCGAAAUAUCGUCGACGAAGACCGGAUCGAGGCUUGCUAUCGCGACGUAGACAUGACCAGAUACAAGGAAGGUUCACAUACUUUUUCAACCCAUCUCAAGAAACAAUGGACGGGACCAGAUGGAGUCACAACAUCAACCUGGAUCCUCGUAACAGCCACUGCCUAUACAGAUGGCACCAUCAUGGGGACAAUGACGGACAUUUCGCAGCUGAAGUGGGCCGAGUCGAUUCAAAAGACCAGAGUGGAAGAAGCGCUUGAGUCGAAGAGGCAGCAAGAAAACUUUAUUGACAUGACCAGUCAUGAGAUGCGCAAUCCACUGAGCGCAAUGGUACAGUGUGCUGACUCUAUCAUGGGCUCACUGGGCGAGAUGAAAGCUCUCGUGCAAAACGAAGCACUCGCUGCACAGCCCGACCAACGAGCACAGCUAGAAGACUUCAUUGAUAGCAGUCUAGACGCUAUCGAUACGAUACAGGCAUGCGCCACACAUCAAAAACGGAUUGUUGACGAUAUCCUUACUCUCUCAAAGCUCGACUCGAAGCUUCUAGUCAUCAGCCCUCUAGUGCUGCAACCCGCGACGCUUUUACAAGACGCAUACAAAAUGUUCAAAGACGAAGCUAACAAGGUUGGUGUCGAGCUCGAAGUGCGGUGUGACCCGUCCAUUGAGGAAAUGGAGAUUGACUGGGCAGUCUUGGAUCCGAGCCGCGUUCUUCAGAUUCUCAUCAAUCUACUGACCAACGCAAUCAAGUUCACAAAGGACCAAGAGACACGCAAGGUCGAAGUCAUUAUGGGUGCUUCUCGGGAGGCAGAAAAAUUGCCAGAGAUCGAGUAUGUGCCACAAGAAGCCUUACGAAGCGAUUUCCUUUCUCAAGCUGAGGACGAUCAUGCUGGCGAAGUGUUCUACCUCAACUUCACAGUCAGGGACAGUGGAUGUGGGCUUUCGCCUGAGCACAAGGCCAAACUCUUUCUUCGAUUUUCGCAGGCCACACCAAAGACACAUGUCCAGUAUGGCGGGACAGGCCUUGGUCUCUUUAUAUCCCGGGAACUCACCGAACUGCAAGGUGGCAGCAUUGGUGUGGCCUCUGACCAGAACAUUGGAUCUACAUUUUCCUUUUACAUCAAAUCACGGCGUGCAACACCACCUCGAGACAAACGUACGACUAUAGACGUAAACCCUACUCUUAACGGCGAGUCGUCGACGGGCACCAACGUCGAAAUUAUUGGAGACAUGAAUGGCAACCAUGAGGCUGUAGUGGUCGAUGGUCUCUCGUUGCCAGAAGUGGAAGAAGUUAUGGAAGUAGAGAAACAGCAUUACAACAUCCUGGUUGUAGAAGACAAUCUGAUUAACCAGCGGGUUUUAUCCGCGCAACUAAAGAAACUAGGCCACACGGUGCACGUUGCAAACCACGGCGUCGAGGCCCUGCGUCAUUUAUCACAAACGCCAUUUUCAGCUACGCCUAGUGCUUCGCCCUCGGUGCCUCUCAGCGUGGUGCUCAUGGACAUUGAAAUGCCCGUCAUGGACGGACUGACGUGUACACGGAGGAUCCGAGAGAUGGAGGCACAAGGCGAGCUGAGUGGACAUGUGCCGAUUAUUGCAGUCAGCGCCAACGCGAGACGAGAACAGGUGGAAUUGGCCAAGAGCGCGGGUGUGGAUGGCGCAAUAUGCAAGCCUUUCCGGGUUCCCGAGUUGAUAGGCUUAAUUGAAGGGCUGGGCAUUAAGUAA